AUGCGAGCGUAUUCGAUUCUUCUCAGCCUGCUGGCCCUGGCUGUGGCCCGGGUGUACAGUACCGCUCUGACAUACAAACUUGCCGCCAAUGAGAAGGCCUGCUUCUUCAGCAAUGUCAACCGACCGGGCGCCAAAGUCGCUUUCUACUUUGCAGUUCAAUCUGGUGGCUCCUUCGAUAUCGAUUACGAGGUGGUAGGGCCCAACGACAAGAAGAUCAUGAGCGGAGAAAAGGAGAGACAGGGAGACUUCGUCUUCACCGCGCAGACCGCGGGCGAGUACCGUGUCUGCUUCAAUAAUGAGAUGUCCACGUUUGCGGACAAGAUGGUCGAUUUUGAGAUUGCUGUCGAAGACGAAUCCAAAUCCGCCCUUCUCCCCCAGAAAGCCGGCUCAACACCCGAACAAACCUCUGCACUAGAAGAUCUGGUUUUCAAGAUUAGCGGGCAGCUCAGCACUGUCAGCAGGAUGCAGAAAUACUUCCGUACGCGAGAGAACCGCAAUUUCAGCACGGUCAGGAGCACGGAACAGAGAAUCUUCAAUUUCAGUCUCAUUGAGGUGUGCAUGAUGGUCGGUAUGGCUGGUCUACAGGUGUUGGUGGUCAGGUUUUUCUUCCAGGGAGCGAGGAAAGGCUAUGUAUAA